UGUGUAUUCCCAGCUCUGUAUCUAGGCUACACGCUUGAGUGGGAAUGCGUCAUAACAUCCCCAAUGUCAGCGGCUUGGAGAUGGUUCAGAACAGGAGCUGCAAUGAAUGCGAUGGUUCGAGCGUUUCUACUCCAUUCUAACGAUAUCCUCGUCAAAUGGGAAACAGUGUUCUGAUGGAAAACGUGGAAGCUGAGAACCAGAAAGGAAAAGCGGACUACCAGUUCAUACUACGUAAAAACUGGGUAUUCCUCAAGGACAAGCUGGAACCCGAGAAGGCCCUGGACUACUUGUAUCAGGAUGGUGUCUUUUCUGAAGCAGACCGUGACACUGUCACAUCUAAGGCAGUACGGAGGGACAAGUGUGAAACCCUACUAGACAUACUAAAGAAGAAGGGACCUGAUGGAUAUAUGUCCUUCUGUGUCGCUCUAGAUAAAGAACAACCCUUCAUCAAACAACGCUUGGACAAAACGACCAUUGAAAGAGGUGCUGUAGGUCUCCUAUAUGAAAGCAAAUUAAAGACGUCUGAAUAUCUAGAGAGACAAACCAGAGGACUUGGAGAAGAAAUCGGACGUUUACAAGAGGAAAACAAUCGUAAACAAAGCAAAAUAGAAGAGGAUGAAAGGCGAAUGAUACAGCUUCAGGACCAGGAAAACACAUUAAGAUCACAAAUGUUAUCAAAAGAAGUCCUUUUCGUCUAUCUCAUUCAGGACUAUAAACUGAAGUUGAAAGAGAUGGGGAAAGCUAUAACAGAUCCCGUGUGCUGGCUGCACGAUUCAGAAGGAAACAAAGACAGGAUUCUCAUGUGCCCCUUGUUGGUAUUUGACAAGAUGCAAGCAUCUCAUCCCAUCAAUAACAACCAAACGCUAGGCAUCCAUAAGGCCGCAUCACUACAAUUAUAUCGUAUAAUGGAAAACAGUCAUACUUUGGUUGACCUGUCAGACCUUGACAUCUCCAUCACAUCUCCCACCUUGCCCCCUCGUCUGAACGUCGCCUACCCCCUACAACCAUUCAUACCUUCACAAAGAGCUCCGAUGUACUGGGAAGCUGCGCCAGAGGUACAUCUGCGAGAGAUGCAGGUCUUUGCUCCUCCGCUUCUCGAGAUAGGAAUGUGUGAUGAAAAAGAAGUAUGCACAGAAAGUGGACCGUGUCACCAGCCACACUCCUGGGGAAUCAGUGUGGAACUCUGUUCCAGACAUACGUUGAAAUACUGCACUGUGAUAUGGAGCGAGGGGAAGCGUGUAGGAUGCCUUGAAGGUGCCGUGGACAGUGCCCCUGGAACGAGAGCUACACUGCAGUAUGGCAUUGUGUUGGACGUGGAAAACAGUAAACUUGGACUUCUUGACUUCAAUAAAGGUGAAGUGUUGGGUACAUUUGAUGUGAGUUCUACAGAUUCACUGUGUCCUAUGUUCGCGGUGGGACAAUUCGUGGACAUGGCUGUGACAUCGGGGAGUCACGUUUCCUUGACCAAGGAAAAACAGGACCUAAUCUUACAGGCUUUGUCGUAACUUGAAUCGUCGCUUACAUGAUGAUACUCUCUAUAAUUGUAGGGAAGUGAGUAAUCCAUGUAUUACCAUGACAUGUCAAUGUAAAGCAAGUGAACAACUGUAUAUGAGUUAUAAUUUAUAAAUUACUGCAACAACUGCGUACUCGAUAAUUAA